CGUCACUGUCACUGCGGUUAUACUCAACAAAUUUUUUUUGAGGAAUUUGUCCAAUAUUCAUCUAAAAUUAUUAGUGCUAGCAUAGUUUGGAUUUCUUAAAUAGGUUUUUGAACGAUUUUUUAAUUCACACAACAAUUUGCUAACCAGGCGUUAUUAUUUUGAGAAGAUAUUCUGUAGGCUCACACAGAAACCAUGCCAGCCGUCAGAGGUGAUGGCAUGAGAGGCUUGGCAGUUUUCAUUUCCGACAUCAGAAACUGUAAGAGCAAGGAAGCUGAAAUAAAAAGGAUAAACAAGGAACUAGCUAAUAUAAGAAGUAAAUUCAAAGGAGAUAAAACUCUAGAUGGUUACCAGAAGAAGAAAUAUGUGUGCAAAUUGCUAUUCAUAUUUUUAUUAGGACAUGACAUUGACUUCGGGCAUAUGGAGGCUGUUAACUUAUUGUCGUCAAAUAAAUACUCAGAAAAACAAAUAGGUUAUCUCUUCAUAUCAGUACUAGUAAACACAAACAGUGAGCUUAUAAAACUAAUCAUCCAAAGCAUAAAGAAUGAUCUCGCCUCGAGAAAUCCCAUCCAUGUCAACUUAGCUUUACAAUGCAUUGCCAACAUUGGCAGUAGAGAAAUGGCUGAGGCAUUUGGCACUGAUAUUCCAAAACUGCUUGUUUCUGGUGAUACAAUGGAUGUGGUGAAACAAAGUGCUGCAUUGUGCCUGCUUAGACUUUUCCGAACAUCUCAAGAAAUAAUUCCAGGGGGUGAAUGGACUUCUCGUAUUAUACAUUUGUUAAAUGAUCAACACAUGGGUGUGGUAACAGCAGCUACAAGCUUAAUUGACGCUCUAGUAAAAAAGAAUCCAGACGAAUAUAAAGGAUGCGUUUCUUUGGCUGUAUCCAGGCUUAGUCGGAUUGUAACGGCUAGUUAUACAGAUCUGCAAGACUACACAUAUUAUUUUGUACCAGCACCUUGGCUCUCUGUUAAAUUACUUCGACUUUUACAAAACUAUACCCCACCAGCUGAAGACCCUGGUGUACGUGGUAGGUUGAACGAAUGCCUUGAAACGAUAUUAAAUAAAGCUCAAGAACCACCCAAGUCCAAGAAAGUUCAACACUCAAAUGCUAAAAAUGCUGUUUUGUUUGAAGCUAUAAGUUUGAUUAUUCAUAAUGAUAGUGAAGCCAAUUUGUUAGUAAGAGCUUGUAACCAGCUAGGCCAGUUUUUAAGUAAUAGAGAAACCAACUUAAGAUAUUUAGCAUUGGAAUCAAUGUGCCACUUAGCUACUUCUGAAUUUUCGCAUGAGGCUGUCAAGAAACACCAAGAAGUUGUUAUUCUAUCAAUGAAAAUGGAAAAAGAUGUAUCAGUUAGGCAACAGGCUGUUGAUUUGCUUUAUGCUAUGUGUGAUAAGAGUAAUGCGGAAGAAAUUGUUCAAGAAAUGUUGAAUUAUUUGGAAACCGCGGAUUAUUCUAUCAGGGAAGAAAUGGUGUUAAAAGUUGCUAUUUUAGCAGAAAAAUAUGCUACAGAUUAUACUUGGUAUGUUGAUGUUAUUUUGAACCUAAUCAGAAUCGCUGGUGAUUAUGUUUCUGAAGAAGUAUGGUACAGGGUAAUACAGAUUGUAAUCAACAGAGAUGAAGUACAAGGUUAUGCUGCUAAAACAGUCUUUGAAGCUUUACAAGCACCAGCAUGUCAUGAAAACAUGGUUAAAGUUGGUGGGUAUAUCUUAGGAGAGUUUGGAAAUUUAAUCGCAGGUGAUCAAAGAUCAUCUCCUUCUGUACAGUUCCAGCUACUCCACUCAAAGUACCAUCUCUGCUCUCCCAUGACGAGAGCUCUAUUGCUUUCAACUUACGUUAAGUUUAUAAACUUAUUUCCUGAAAUUAGAACCCAAAUUCAGGACGUUUUCAAACAGGACAGCAAUCUUAGAUCUGCAGAUGCAGAACUACAACAAAGAGCCUCAGAAUAUCUUCAGUUGAGCAUUAUUGCUAGUUCCGAUGUUUUAGCAACGGUUCUGGAAGAAAUGCCUGCAUUUCCCGAGAGAGAAAGUUCUAUCCUGAACGUUCUUAAAAAGAAAAAACCUGGACGAGUCCCUGAGAAUGAUGUCAAGGAAAAUAAGAGUCCUACGCCUAUGGCAACAGUGCACCAUAACAACGAACUGUACACUAGUGCCACUGGUCAGGCGGACCUUCUUGGUUUAUCAACUCCUCCUACAUCUCAGCCACACAGUUCCAGUAAUACCGGAGUUCUUCUAGAUGUCCUAGGAGAUAUUUAUAGUAAACCAUGCAACAAUGUUUCUGCACAAAAUUCUUCUAUAGCUGAUUUCAAAAAAUUCGUAUGUAAAAAUAACGGCGUCCUUUUCGAAAACGACCUCAUUCAGAUUGGUGUAAAAAGCGAAUUCCGUCAAAACCUUGGCCGUCUAGGUCUAUUUUAUGGAAAUAAAACCAGCACUGCUCUACAGAAUUUCGUUCCUUCUCUUGUAUGGGCUGAAGAGCAAGCUACAAAAUUAAGCGUCCAAAUGAAGACUGUGGAACCUGUAUUAGAAGCUGGAGCUCAAAUUCAGCAAAUGAUUAAUGCAGAAUGUGUUGAUGAUUAUACUGAUACCCCUAGUAUAUCAGUCAGCUUUAUCUAUAAUGGAGUACCACAGAAGAUUUCUAUCAAGCUUCCACUCACUUUAAAUAAAUUCUUUGAACCUACUGAAAUGAAUGGAGAGUCAUUUUUUGCCAGAUGGAAAAAUUUGGGAAAUACCAACCAACAACGAUCUCAAAAGAUAUUCAAAGCCUCCACGCCCAUGGAUUUGCAGGCUGCAAGAACAAAGAUGAUUGGCUUCGGUAUGCAACUUCUUGACGGUAUUGAUCCAAAUCCUGAUAAUUUUGUUUGUGCUGGUAUUAUCCAUAUGAGGUCCCAACAAGUUGGUUGUUUACUUCGUUUGGAACCAAACAAAGAUGCUCAAAUGUAUCGUUUGACUGUACGUUCUAGCAAAGAAAGUGUAUCUGUAGAGAUAUGUGAACUAUUAGCUGAUCAGUUUUGAAAAGUCUAUCUAAAUUUAAUCUACAUUCCAGUUACUACAGCUGUCUAAUUAAAAUAUCAGAAAAAUCAUCUGUAAAAUAUAUCCUGUUAUAACAAUUUGUUGUUAAAUUUUUUGAGACAAAGACUACUUUGAGGAAAAGUAUCACCCUAUAUUACUAGUCAAAAAAUGAAGCUCUCAAUUAUUACUAUAUAGGUUAAAAAAAAAAUAGAUAUAUUAUAGAUUAAAAGCAUAAAAAUGCGUGCUCUCUUUUUUGAAACUUGCUUCUUGGAAGACCAAUAAUUUUACAUAGAGAAAAAUCAGUCCGUACUGACCGUACUUCAUUUUUUGACUAAUUUUUAGAAUAAGAAAUAAAAAAAAAACUAUUAUCACUUUGUAAAUUUUUUUUAGGUCCGCUUCUUUUGAUUCUAUUAUCCUUGCACUGUUAAAUGUGUUUAAAAUAAUAGACAAUAAGUCCCCAUGUAACCAAAAAUGUAUGUAAAAAAAGACAAAAGAUUUUAUCUUGUAGAAUGUCUAAUAGAUGUACUAGGUUUGCUCUUUUCAUUUUAUUUUUUUUAGUUGGAGUAGUUAGGGAGGUGUUCUUGAAUUUAAAUACUCUUUUAUUAUCAGUCCGGGAAUUUCAGUUUUGAAGGGGAGUAAGAAAAGAAAGUAUGCAAGCAUAAUUUUUUUUAUGAAACACAGUUGCCAGAAAUUUAGGUGUUGGUAUGUGGAUCCCAGAAUUCCUAAGAGAUUGAAGGUCUGCCUGCCUACGUGAAUAUUUGGAACAGUACAAUUUUUAAUAAGCAUAAAAUUGCCUGAUUUCAAGUUUCCUUGUACGCCUUGUGGUUUUGAAGAUGCUCAUACAAAGAGCCAAAUGUCUAGGACCAUGUAGGUGUAUCAUGAAAAAAAAAACUAAUCUUAUAGUGCUUCAAAUCUUCCCAGAACUCGUUUAUAUUCGAUAAUUAAUCAAGGGAAUCCAUGUGAACAGAAACAACCAAAGAAAAAUUGAUAUUCGGAAUAUUUCCUAUGUAGAAAAUUUCCAGAACAGCCACUAAGUGUAGGUUGGGCCAAUUUGGACACUUUUAAUAGGAAACGUCAAAAUAUUCUGAUAAUAUUUGUUAAGAAGAUGCACUUUGUGAAUUGCUAAAUACUGAUAAAAUUAACUUUCUAUUCAGUGAUCUUAUGAAAAAUUUAUAGCUUGAGCAUUUUUUUCUUUCUAAUUUCAAUUCCUGGGCUGUAAUGCAUCCGAUCAACGCCAUUUAUUAGGCCAUUGAUAAAUUAUUGUUACUUUUUAUUGUAGAGAGAAAAGCUUGGCUUUAUAUAGGAACCUGGAUAAAGGAGAUUAACAUUAUUGAAUCAUCAUAUUAUGGGGGUUCUUUUCAUUAUUUGAUAAGUUAUAUGUAUAUUUUUUUAAAAACUGUUAGUGUGAAAAACAAUAAAAUAUGAUUUUAUUUAAAUUUCAAUGAGCUAUGUGGUAAACAAGUUAGAUCAAUGAUAUCUCCCAUUUAACGUUAAAGGCACCAAAAUAACAGUAUAUUAUAAUUUAAGAUGAUUUAAAAAGGAGGGAGUUGAUGAUACUAGAAUUAAAAUAUUUAUUUCUAUUUUGUUAUCCAGGGUUGAAACAACAGUUGCUUAAUAUCUACGAAUUUAUUUGAUGAUCAUUUUUGAUACAUGUAUUAUUUUUUAAAGAAGAUCUGCCAAGUCGAAUAAGUUUCAAGCUAAUGUUAUUUUGCUAUUUGUAUUUACGUUAUGUAUAGUUCCAUUAUAUUUAAAAGUAUAUAUGUAUAAACAUAUGAUGUAUAAUUUAUCUUUAUUGUAAUUAGUGUCUUAUUAUUUAAAUAUAUGCUAUUCAAUGUUUAGCAAUUAACC